CAGCAGAUACUGAUCAGUAGGGAGCAUAUUACCUUGCGCAUUUCUCGCCGCAGAUCCCGUUGCGAGCGAGCCAUGUCCCUGUCCCGUUUUCGCUUGGCGUGGAGCCGAACAGCAGCGAGCCGUGCCUUUUGCGGCUCGGCUAAUCAGGCACCAACGAACCAGCUCGGUUCCUCAACUUUUUCCAAUGUUCCCAUUGGUUCUUCAUGGCGGGCUCUGCAGCCGUGCCUGGCUAGAAGCUUUCCGGUGCCAGACCUUUGUGCGGGAGCAAAAGCAAGGUCGUUUCCCUCGAUAACAGUAGCCAGCGAUACAGUCGCGCGAAUUCCGGUCACUUUUGUUGCACCCCUCCAAGUCCGGUUUCGCCGUUUCUCUAACGGAGCCAACGAUAUCGGGGUUGACGGAGAUCGGGCAGCGGAGACAAAAGGGGGUGAUGGGGUUAGUAGCGCGAAUUGCGGGGAGCCGAAGGAUGAAUGCGCGGAUCCGACGGCGGCUGAGGCAAUGAGCAGAGGCGAAUCAGACGGCGUGCUUGUCCGUGACUUCAUACACGCCUCCCUCUACCACCCCACGGAGGGUUAUUUCGUCUCCAACGCUGCUGCAGUCGGCGCCCUCGCCAAGCCAAUCAGCUUUCGCCAGCUGGCGGGGCGCAGGGAGUGGGAGGCUCUGCAGCGAUCGCUCUACGCCUCUGCUGAUACCGCCUGGUUCACACCCUCGGAGCUGUUUCAGCCAUGGUACGGCUAUGCGGUGUUGGAUUUCAUCCUCUCCUCCCACUCCUCAGCCACCCCACUCAAGUAGAUCUAUGAGGUGGGAGGGGGCGGCGGCACGCUGGCUCGGAAUAUUCUGGACAGAUUGCAAGAGACGGCCCCAGCUGUGUACAGGCGCUGCCGCUACACCUCUGUGGAAAUCAGCCCUGCUCUCGCCAAGAGGCAGAGAGAAAGAAUUACAACAAAGCAUAUGCAUGUGCCUGCGACUGCCACAGCUGCCACAGCUACUGGGACACAAGCUCCAGCCGCUUUAUCUGCGGUUCGCAGAGCGCCUUGGGUGGCGAAUGGGGCAAGGAGAAGCUUUGGAUCCGAUGAUGCUUCUCACGAGGCGGUGCACUCAGUGGCGGUGUUUGAUGCUGCUGAUGCCAAGGGGUGGGGCACACCAUCCAAUGAACCUUGCUUCAUUCUCUUAUUCGAGGUGUUGGACAAUCUGCCCCACGACCGCGUGCAGUGGUGCAGAGAGGAGAACGAGUGGCAAGAGACCAGAGUGAGGCAUUUGGAAGGAUGGGAAAAAUCAUGCAACAAGGUUCUAGAGGAGGAGAAAUCAAGGCCGUGUGAGGUGCUUCGACGCGUCAGCGAUCCGCUCAUUCAGCGAUGCCUCACGACUGUCCUGAACCAGAGUCCCUCUUCAGGAGUGAGCCCACCUCUCAGCAGCAGCAGCGGCAGCAGCAGCAGCAGCAGCGGCGGCGGCGGCAGCAUGCUCUCCCGUUUGUCCUCGUCUUUGCAAGGAAUGCUGGCAUCAUUGAUGGGCGGAGAGAGGGUCACAUGGCUGCCCACAGGGUGCAUGCGACUGCUGGAGACCGUCUACACAGCCCGCCCCAACGCCACUGUGAUCGCUGCGGACUUCUCCUUCCUGCCUGACGUGCGAAUCGCAGGGGCCAACGCCCCCCUGGUGGCUGCUAAGUUGAUGUGAAUCAUGACAUUUGAUGUGAAUCAUGACAUUUGAUGUGAAUCAUGACAUUUGAUAUGAAUCAUGACAUUUGAUGUGAAUCAUGACAUUUGAUGUGAAUCAUGACAUUUGAUGUGAAUCAUGACAUUUGAUGUGAAUCAUGACAUUUGAUGUGAAUCAUGACACCUGAUGUGAACUACGACAUGAAUCGCUGCACAACACUAGCGGGGAGGCGUCACUCAAGACCAACCUACAUACCUCGUCCCCCGCGGUUCGGCCGACAUUUUCUUCCCGACAGACUUUGGGCUGCUUGAGAGAAUGGAUGCUGCUGCCUGUGCCCCAUCCUCAGUUGAGCGGAUCCGCGGCUCAAUAUCUUCUGCGGAAUUUCUAUCUUCAAUCGCCGGCAAUACCUUCACUAAAGAUGGCUACAAUCCUUUGCUACAUGACUUCCCUAACACUCGUAUAUUCGUUAGCACCCCUGAGCAAUUGAGCUGAUAUAUCCGUGUCUGGUUCUAUUGUUAACGAGUGUGCUCUAAAACCGAUUAAUACCCUACACUUUG